CCAGUGUGUAGCUCUAAGCGGAGAAAGGCUUUCUCUCUCUCCCUCUCUGCACCUGCCAGAAGACCUUCCCAUUCUACCCUCAUUCCUCCUCUGCUUCCCUUCCCCACCUGCCUCCCUCCAGCCCUUAUCUCAGAUUGCUAAGAACCAAGAAAGCAAAUGAUUCUCAAGAAGAUCCUGCAGCUCUCUCACUCUGUGCAAGAUUUCAGCUUGUGUUGCAGUAAUGUCUGCAGGCAGCCAAAGCCACUUGGCUGCAGCUUCAAGUAAAUCUCUUUGGUGACAAACAGCAACAUCCUACCAGGACCCUGAUUGCAUGGAGAUCUGUGGAUCCCUCUGUAGGAGAAUUAUUCCAAAGCCAAUGGUUUUCCGAAUCUUGUGCAGAAGACCACAGCCCUGCUUCUGUAUUAAUGGGUCAGGAUGAAAAGCAGAUCAGUGCUUAAUACAGCUAAACAUUCUGGAUUGUCUUCAUCUGCUUAUGUGUUCAUCUGCUUUCCCUGCUAAUUUAUUCUCCAAUCUAUUUCUUCUUUUUUUUACAUUCCUUAUUGCUGCUACUUAGACAAACAUUCCAGCUUCUGUAUCUUGAAGACCCCAUUCUGCAAUCCCACUUAAAAAAGAUUGUAUUUUUAUUGAUUCAGUUGCAAGAGCAUGGAUACUUUUUAUUUAUAAACAUCUACAUUUUAACCUUGAAUGUUUUGUCUUUUUUUUUCUGUAUAUGUUUGUGAACAGCUUUUUCCAUGAAAAAGCACUUUAUCAAUCCAGUUUAUUGCAGAAUCGUGGUUUAAAAAAAAAAUUUGAAGCUUGAAAGAUGAAGAUGAUACUAGUUCGCAAGUUUAGGGUUUUGAUAUUAAUGGUGUUUUUGGUUGCUUGCACAAUGCAUAUUAUGAUAGACCUACUACCAAAGCUGGAGAAGAGAGCUACAAGGAGUGAUGGAGAUCUGGGAUGUUCUUGUACUCAUAAUCUCAAUGAGGACUCACAAGGAUGGGGUAAACAGAGACCCAAGAACACAGCUGAGUCAGUCUGGCCCAAUAAACAUACACUGAGAAUCUUACAGGACUUUAGCAGUGAUCCUAGUUCUAAUCUGACAUCCCACUCCUUAGAAAAGAUAACAGGAGUCUUGGACAAAACUGAGUCCUUCAAGAAACUGGACCAACGUGAGAUGAUCAAAGACUUGAAUAGUAAACAGCUCAUCCAUGAUGGGAAUAUAAAGAUACAUCCUGGGAUGGGAUACUCCAGGCUGGCUGCUUUGUUUCAGCAUCCUCUCUAUAAGAGUAAUAUCCCUGACUUGACAGAAGAUGAUGUCUUAUUUAAUGUCAACAGUGAUAUAAGAUUUAACCCCAAAGCUUCUGAAAACCAAGAAUGGCAAAAUGUAGCUAAUGAAGGCAAUGGGGAUGAGCAAUUCCUUCCGACCGGAGAAGCCCAUGUAGAUUCCUACCCAAACUGGUUGAAAUUCCAUAUUGGUAUUAAUCGCUAUGAAUUAUACUCUCGACAAAAUCCUGCUAUCGUUGGGUUGCUUCAGGACCUAUGCAGUCAAAAAAUCACCAGCGUGGCUAUGAAGUCUGGAGGUACGCAACUGAAGCUAAUCAUGACGUUUCACAAUUACGGUCAAGCGUUGUUUAAACCUAUGAAGCAGACAAGGGAACAAGAGACGCCGCCUGACUUUUUUUACUUUUCUGACUACGAGAGACACAAUGCUGAAAUUGCAGCUUUUCAUUUGGACAGGAUCCUUGAUUUCCGACGCGUUCCACCCGUCGCAGGCAGAUUGGUGAACAUGACAAGAGAGAUCAGGGAUAUCACUAGAGACAAGAAACUGUGGAGGACGUUUUUCAUCUCACCAGCCAACAAUAUCUGUUUCUAUGGAGAGUGCUCGUACUACUGUUCCACAGAACAUGCUCUUUGUGGGAAACCUGACCAAAUAGAAGGCUCCUUAGCAGCUUUCCUACCGGACCUGUCUCUAGCCAAAAGGAAGACUUGGAGAAAUCCAUGGAGAAGGUCAUACCAUAAACGCAAAAAAGCAGAUUGGGAAGUUGAUGCUGACUACUGUGAAGAAGUAAAGCAGACUCCACCCUACGACAGUGGCACAAGACUCCUGGACGUCAUCGAUAUGACUGUAUUUGACUUUUUAAUGGGGAACAUGGAUCGCCACCAUUAUGAGACUUUUGAGAAAUUUGGAAAUGAGACAUUUAUUAUUCACUUGGACAAUGGAAGAGGAUUUGGAAAAUAUUCACACGAUGAGCUUUCUAUUCUGGUGCCACUGAAUCAAUGCUGCAGGAUUAAGAAAUCGACAUACCUACGAUUACAGCUACUGGCAAAAGAAGAAUACAAAUUGAGUGGCUUGAUGGAAGAGUCAUUAAUGUUGGACAAAGUAGCUCCUGUUCUUUAUCAACCCCACCUCGAAGCAAUGGACAGAAGACUACGGAUUGUUCUAAAAGCUGUCAGUGAUUGCAUAGAAAAAAAUAGUUAUGAAAAUGUAGUUGAAAAUGAUUUGGACUCUGGUUUGGGCAACAAGACAACUAAGAGGUAGUGACUCAAAAAAUGGCUCUUAACUCAAAAGACAUAGUCUUACAAAAGACUGCUUAUGAUCUGGUGUGAAUUCAGUGAAUUCAGAUAUAAAAUGUAAUUAUUCUCACUGUAGACAAACUCUAGAAUCAAAGAAGGAUUAGAUUGAUACAAAAUCUGUAUUAUAAGUAGAUUAUUUGUGGGUGUGCAUAAACGUUACGGUCAAAGACUUACGGAGCAGGUUUGGGUUGUAAGCAUAUCCUGUUCAUUUUGUACAGAUAGGAGGCCUUUAUUUUAAAAUAAUGUAUUUAUAUAUGGAAUAUAUAUAUAUAUAAUGAUCUACCUGCCACUUUUUAGGGACAAAAGACAAGGUACUCUUUACAAAACAUGCUGACAUUACACUUUAAGGUGACAUCAAUUUUCUUUGUCCAAAAAAAGGACAUAUUUACAAAUACCUUUGAGUGAUAGAGGUGGAGGACCCAUAGCGAAAAGCUUUGUAAAUCCCUAUAGCAGUCAAGGUGUGUACCAUCUGGCGUCCAAAUAUUCCAAAAGGAGAUCCUAAAAAACUCUAUGAUAGGAGGUUUACUUGAACGGAGUCAUUUUCGAAGGAGAACGUGUUAAGUUGUAAUAAAAAGCAUCAGGUAUUGCUUUCAAUAUUGUCAUAGCCACUGCCUUCCCGAAUUUGCAUUUAAUACGUUUCUGUAUAUACUGUAUAUAAGUAAAUGGAUAACAGCUGCAGUUUGUGGCUGUAACUUCAUUUUUGCAAGCUUUUUAUUUUGUGAAUUGUUUGCCGCGUGGUAAAAGUGCAAUAAAGAAAAAAAAUGGUACAUCCAA